AUGUCGCCGAGAUUCAAGCUGCUGGCGACGCCGCCGAGAAUCAAGCUGGCGACGUCGCCGAUAUUCGAGCUGCCGAAGAUGCCGAGAAUCAAGCCGGCAACAUCGCCGCCGCAAGACUCCCCCCGCAUGCUCAUCAAUAGCCUGGUAUGGACGUCGUCGAGAUUCAAGUCUUCGCUGAUGAAUCGUCGUAAAUGUACAGUGAGAUGCAGUCCACGAUGCCGGCGACGUCGCCAACAAGUUUUAUUGAAGAGGAAGCGUGAGAUACCGUCCACCGGAAAGGAAGAAGAGCUUGACUUAGGCAUUAUACACAGCUUGUUCUCGGAGUCGAGAUUGUUUAUCGGUGAACUGCAGAAACAGCUUGAGCGAGAUAGGGAUUGCUUUCUGGGAUUACUCCGAAAGAGCAAUGAAGAGUGCGAAAACAGAUUCAGGGAUGAGAGUGCAAAGUUGGACGAACUUCUUCUCAAGUAUAAAGCUUCUCAUGUGCGGGCUUUAGAUGAUCCUUUCUCUAAGGAGAAUGAACGUCUCAAGGAGCAAUAUGAAGAGUCAAGACAGGCUGAGGAGUCUCUCGUAUUAUCAAUUGCUGGUAAGAUUGAUCAAAUAAAAGAGGCCUUGGAAAGGAGGGACCAGGAUGAGAAUGUUUUAGCCAAGAUGGUGGUAGAGUCUGCCAACCUCUGCCCAGGCUUCGAGCUCAGGCUCCCCAUGCAGGAUGAUUCGAAAGUAACGAAUUAACUACUUGUUUGCUUGCUCUUUAAAUCAAUAAGUCAUAUGGGCACCACUUUAAUAUGAUCUUUGGAAUUUUCCCUUUAUUUUGCGGAUAUUGCUACAGAUAUGGCUACUGGGAAGCUCUAGAUAUUAUGAUUUUAUUCUGCUACAGUGUCGUUUCUGAUAACUUAUAUGUGGCAUCGAGGAGUUGUGCGUAACUAGUGUCAACUUUACAUCUUUAUCUUUUGUUUUUUUUUUUUGGUCAGAACAUCUUUAUCUAUUUAGUUCGACGCUUAAUAGCACUUUUUUGAGAUUAAGAAUGGAUUUGCUGAAAGAGCACAAAACGAACCGCGCCAAAUUCCAGGCGACUACAGCGUAAACACUGGCGCUGAGCUUUCUCGGCUUCAUAUGUAAAGAAUUCUUCCUCCUGCCGUCAUUCCGAGUCGUCUUCUUUAUCUUUUGCUACGAUUUAGAUCAUCGAUUCCAUGUGACGAGACAAUGCUCGGACACUGCGAGAAUUCUCGAGCGCGGCGUCCCAAGACGUGGUUUCUCUUGUGGGCUUGUCCGACUUGAGCUUGGAGAUGGCCGCUUCGCUCAUUCGCGCUGGGUAUAAAGUCCAAGCGCUUCACUUUUGGUAACUUUUGUUGAUUGGUCGAAAGAAGAAGGUCCGAUUUGUUUAUAAAAAGAUAAAGACGGUUACUUUGCCUCUGGGCAAAUCGGUCGUCCACUUUAGGAGUUUCUCGAGUUUUUGCAUUGCUUCCAUUCGAUUCCGGUUUCAAAAUAUCCAGUCCUCCAUAGAGUGCAGCGAUUUGUAGCGUUCUCGUAAGCUAGUGAUUCGUAUGAUUCAAACUAGAUUAGCCUCACCGUAUAUCCGUCUGUUGGUUUAACACAUGAAAGAGCUGCUUUUGAUUCUUCUCCCUUCUCCCUCUCUUCGUCAGGAAAGUCGGGUGCCAUUGCCAGGGCGAGGCAUGUUCUCUCCGGCUCAACCAUCCUUCCUCCUGACUUGAUGAUGUUUGACUAUUUGGAUGUGAACAUACAACAGCUGUUCAUUGGGUUUUGCUUGUGAAUGCAGCAAUGUCCGACAAACUAUGCAUAUUUGGGGGAGAAAUCGGGGCAGGAAGUGUGCUCACCUUGACUAGAGAAAAGCUCUGCAUAUUCGGACGAACAUUUUUUUUUUUAUGGUUAAACUAUAAAUUUGUAUCCCGCAGUAAAGGAUGUUCAUGCUGUGCUAUAAGAUGAAAUAUUCGUCGAGAUGUCCAUAAAUGUCUCUAACUGUAUCCUGGAUGCCGUGUCACACUAAGUGAUGGAUUUUUCGACCCAAAAAAAAAGAAGUGUUGGAUUUAUGUUGCUGGAAAUAUAAGGUGGUUAACGAUCUGCUUGAGGGAAUUCAUCUCGUUACUGCAGCGGAGGCAAUUUGUAUGGGCGUCAAGGCUGGUAUUCAUCCUUGGAUUAUCCAUGACAUUAUUUCUAAUGCCGCUGGAAAUUCAUCUGUGAUUUCACUUCAGGCAAUCAUAAGCGAUGUUGUUA